AUGGCCGCGUCCGAGGACGGGAGCGGCUGCCCCGGGGCGCGGGGCCGCUCGCAGAGUGACCCCAGCGCCCUCGCAGACACCGCAGCCGCCGCCGCCGCCGACACCGCCGCCGCCGGGGAGAGCCCAGGUGAGAUGGACCCCACGCCCCCUGUGCGCUCCGAAUAUCUGGUCUCAGGGACUCGCACGCCCCCCGCCCGGAGGAACAGCAGGCUGGCCACGCUGGGCCGGAUCUUCAAACCCUGGAAAUGGAGGAAAAAGAAAAACGAAAAGCUGAAGCAGACGACGACCGCUCUCGAGAAGAAGGCCGGCCGGCAGGGUCGGGAGGAGCUCAUCAAGAAGGGGCUGCUCGAGAUGGUGGAGCAGGACACUGAAAGCAGAGCGGGCAGCCGAGCCACACAGAGUGAGCCGUCCACUCCCAAGCAGCAGUUCCCCGAAGACGCCCAGCCAGGAGCCCCCUCGGCCACCAGGACAGGCCAGGCCUCCCUGGAGGAGCCACUGUCCUCGGACAGCCUCUCCGAGGAUGCAGCCAAGACGCCCUCAGCACCCAGAGGUGAAGAAGCAGACGCCACCAGCAGCCUUCCGCCCCCCACGGAUGAGUCCUCUCAAGCCUUAGCUGGGUCCGACUCCCUGGACAGUCCUCCCAGAACCCUGGAGAGAUCCGUGGGCCAGCUCCCCAGUCCCCUGCUGCCGCCCACCUCACUGCCCAAGGCAGGCUCCAAAGCCACAAAAAAUGCCGCAGGCCAGGCUGCGCUCCUCCAAGACUCCGGCGGGAAGAAUGCUGACCCUCCCCCGCGAGGACAGCUCCCCACGCCCACAGGGUCCCCGCAUCCCACCACCAUCCACCGGCCGCUGCCCCCCAGCCGCGUGAUCGAGGAGCUGCACCGGGCACUGGCCACCAAGCACCGCCAGGACAGUUUCCAAGGGAGGGACAGCAAAGGGUCCCCGAAGAAGCGGGUGGACGUCCGCCUGUCGCGAGCAUCCAGCAUGGAGCGGGCCAAGGAGCAGGAGGAGGCCUGGAGCACGGAGGGCGCCUCGGAGGGCAGGUGGGCGGCCACCAAGGCGUCGGAGGAGAACAAGGAGAACCUGCUGGUGAGCGCGGAGCUCCCGGACGACCUGCUCCUGUACCAGGACGAGGAGGUGCUGAACGACUCCAUCAUCUCCGGAACUCUGCCGAGGAAAUGCAAGAAGGAGCUGCUGGCCGUGAGACUGAGGAACCGGCCCAGCAAGCAGGAGCUGGAGGACCGCAACAUUUUCCCCCGGAGGACGGACGAGGAGCGGCAGGAAAUCCGGCAGCAGAUAGAGAUGAAGCUCUCCAAACGGCUGAGCCAGAGACCCGCCGUGGAGGAGCUGGAGAGGAGGAACAUCUUGAAACAAAGGAACGACCAGACCGAGCAGGAGGAGAGAAGAGAGAUCAAGCAGAGGCUGACGAGAAAGCUUAAUCAGAGACCCACCGUGGAUGAGCUGAGAGACAGGAAAAUCCUGAUACGAUUCAGUGAUUACGUGGAAGUGGCCAAAGCCCAGGACUACGACAGACGGGCGGACAAGCCCUGGACAAGGUUGUCGGCGGCAGACAAGGCAGCGAUUCGUAAAGAACUCAAUGAAUACAAGAGUAACGAGAUGGAGGUACACGCAUCGAGCAAGCAUUUGACAAGAUUCCACAGGCCGUAG